UCAGUUUCAGCAACAAAACCCCAUCCCUACAAUUCAUUCUUAAGAAACAAAUAGAGAAGGGAAAGGGUGAAAACACGACGCAGCAGCAAAUGGCGAACGCAGAGGCUGAGACGGUGGACUUCGAGCCGGAGGAUGACGAUCUGAUGGACGAGGAUGUGGACACGCCAUCGUCCCCUAGGGCUCCGACUCCCAGGAUCAAGUCGCUUGUUACCGGCGGCUCCUCCUCUGCUCCCAGAAAGACCAAAGGCCGCGGAUUUCGCGAAGACGCUGCUGAGGCCGACCGGAAUGUUCGGAUGUCUGCGCGCUUUGACUCUCUCGAUUCCGACGGCGGCCCUGGUCCCGAACGAUCAAUUGAAGGAUGGAUUGUGUUGGUUACUGGGGUUCAUGAAGAGGCACAAGAAGAUGAUCUCCAUAAUGCAUUUGGUGAAUUUGGGGAGAUUAGAAAUUUACAUCUAAAUCUGGAUCGUCGUACUGGAUUUGUCAAGGGCUAUGCACUGAUUGAAUAUGAGAAUAUUGAAGAAGCACAGAAAGCUAUAGCUGAGAUGGAAGGAACUCAACUCCUCACUCAAACCAUUAAUGUUGAUUGGGCAUUUAGCAAGGGUCCAUUCAGGAGGAGGAAUGUUAGGCGAAGAUCCCCUCGAAGUCAUCGUUCUAGAAGCCCGAGAAGGAGAUACUAGAUUUGUCGUGUGUGCAUUGUUUCAUGGAAGUGUGACUUGGUAGAGACAGGAGGUUUGCUAGGAUGCUGGUAUUUCGUUGUCAUUAUCUUUCUGUAUGAUUAUUACACUACUGUAUUCUUUUCCCUUCUCAUUGCAUCUUUUUCUACUGAUUAGAUUUGAGCAAUGGUGAGAGGGUUGCUGUUAAAUUUGGGUUUUUAAUCCGUUUCUUGGCUGGAAAGUGAAUUUUUUGAAAUGCAUGGUAGUCUUCCAUAGUUACAUUAGUCUA